UGGUUGACAAUCCGGAUGUACGAAGCGUAGCUCAGUCUAAAACCAUCUCUCAUUAAACGCAGUCGCUAAACUCACACAGAAUCGACUGUCAACGUUCCUAAGCUUGUUUAAGGGAACAGAAAGAGAUUAGUUGUAUAGCGAUUAAAUUGCUGUUUAGUUAAUUGAUAAAUCGCCAUGGACAACGGCCUGGAAAGCACAGGGGAUAGUAAUCUUGACCAAGCUGUGCAACAGUGGCUAAAGUAUGACAAGAAUCCAAAGACAUCUGCGGCCGUGAGGGCCAUGGUUAAAGAGGGAGCCGUGUCAGAGCUGCAGAAGUGUUUUGGGGCCCGUAUGGAGUUUGGCACAGCGGGACUAAGGGCCGCCAUGGGACCUGGUGUGUCCUGCAUGAAUGACCUCACCAUCAUACAGACAACACAGGGUUUCUGUCAGUACCUUGAGCAGUGUUUUACUGAUCUCAAGCAGAAAGGAGUGGUGAUAGGGUUCGAUGCACGUGCUCACCCACCAAGUGGUGGCAGCAGUAAAAGAUUUGCCUCCCUCGCUGCUUCUGUAUUGAUCAGCCGAGGAGUUCCAGUCUACCUGUUCAGUGACAUCACGCCCACUCCAUACGUGCCUUUUACUGUAUCACAUCUAGGACUGUGUGGUGGCAUCAUGGUAACAGCCUCCCAUAACCCCAAACAAGACAAUGGAUACAAGGUAUACUGGGCAAAUGGAGCUCAGAUUAUUCCGCCUCAUGAUAAGGGCAUUGCAGCUGCUAUAGAAGAGAACAUUGAGCCGUGGCCAAAGUCAUGGGACACAGAUGGAGCUCUUCAGAGUUCCCUCCUCAAAGACCCAUACCAGGACAUACAUAGAGAAUACCAUCAAACCAUACAACAGCACUGCUUUCACCGGGACCUGAAUAAGAGUUCAGAGGUGAAGAUCGUCCAUACGUCAGUUCAUGGAGUGGGCCAUAUUUUUGUACAGGCUGCUUUUAAAGCCUUUGACCUUCGACCUCCUUAUGCUGUGGAAGAGCAGAAGGAUCCUGACCCGGAGUUCCCCACUGUCAAAUACCCCAACCCCGAGGAAGGAGAGGGAGUCCUGACGCUGUCCUUUGUGCUCGCAGAAAAAGAGGAGGCAACUGUGAUUCUGGCAAAUGACCCUGACGCUGACCGACUGGCUAUUGCAGAGAAACAAAAGAGUGGGCAGUGGAAGGUAUUCUCUGGUAAUGAGUUGGGUGCUUUACUGGGCUGGUGGAUUUUCCAGUGUUGGAAGCAGCAAAAAGGAGAGGGAAAAGCCUCCAUUAAGGAUGUCUACAUGCUUGCCAGCACCGUCUCCUCCAAAAUCCUCCGUGCCAUUGCUGUUAAAGAGGGCUUCCACUUUGAGGAGACACUAACAGGCUUUAAAUGGAUGGGGAACAGAUCCAGAGAACUGAUGGAUCAGGGAAAGACUGUUCUGUUUGCCUUUGAAGAAGCCAUUGGUUACAUGUGUUGUCCUGCAGUUUUGGACAAAGAUGGUGUGAGUGCAGCUGCCAUUUCUGGAGAGUUCAUCUCCUACCUGGCUGCUAAAAAUGUAACCCUGUCCCAGCAACUCGCAUCCAUUUAUGAGGAGUACGGCUACCACAUUACCAAGAAUUCCUAUUUUAUCUGUCACAACCAAGACACCAUUAAGCAGUUGUUUGAGCGACUUCGAAACUAUACUGGGGAAAAUUCCUACCCUAAAGAUUGUGGAGGCUUUGCUGUCAAGGCAGUGAGAGACCUGACCACCGGCUAUGACAGCAACCAGCCCAACAACAAGGCUGAUCUGCCCACCAGUAAGAGCAGUCAAAUGAUCACCUUUAACUUUGCAAAUGGGGGCGUGGCUACAAUGAGGACCAGCGGCACAGAGCCCAAAAUCAAAUAUUACACCGAGCUCUGCGCUGCACCAGGAAACAGUGAUCUUAACCAGUUGACGAGUGAAUUGGAUAACUUGGUUGAUGCAAUCGUGGAACACUUCUUCCAACCCGAGAAAAACGGCCUGACUCCACGACCAGAGUGACAGAAAGUACCACAUAGAAAGAAAUUGAAAGUCUGUUAACAUUCUAAAUCUGCUCUUAAGUCUUAACAAAACCAAACUUAACCUCUUUUAUUCAUGCUUAGAUAUCUGAGGGAAGCUUCUAAUGAACUUUUGACUUGUUAUUGAUACUAGAAAUGUAGAUCAGAGCUGGAGCCACAUAAUCAUUAUCAUUGCCUUUUUUUGUACUUAGUACACUGGAUAGUAUUUCAAAAAGUAUUUUUAUUUUACUUUCUUCUACCUCUCAGUUUCCUAAUCAUUCUUCAAUGCAACCAUUUGAAAUAUUAAAAGAUGUUGUUGCAAAGGAUGUUUGUUUGAAUUAAUGUACAAGUGAUUUAUCUCUGCUGACAUUUAAGCCUGCAGACGGAGUAGUUGCGUUGAUUCAUAAAAAUGAUUUUUAUGUUGCUGGAACGGGAAAAUGCCAGCUAAUGUAUGUCAUUCCAUAUCAUUAAUACACCAGCUCCAGAAUGGUUUUACCAAAAAUACUUUAAAAGUAAAGCAGAACCUAAAUUGGCAUAAAAAUCAUACUAAAUAUCAGCAUAUCGAGCAAAUUUGAAAGGAUUAUUAUAGGUGGUUUUAGUUCCGUAAGUGCCAGAGGGAUUGAUCUGACAGUUUGUCAGAGUAACAUAACAGCCUUAAUGUGGAAGAAAGUGAUAUCUAAAUUAAAAAACAAAUUUUGUUUUUUUAGACCGCUCAUUCGGGAAAACGAUAAUGGGUUGCGAUUUGACAGAAAUACCUUAUAAUCAACACAGCAACACAAGAGGUGGUGCAGUGUUAAUGUACUUAAUGUCUCCAAAUAUGCUGUUGACCCAUUUGCCAAACCACUCAAUACAUGUACAAACCUGUUAAUUUCAAAGUGUUCAUUUCUUACCACUGGUGUUCCUCAGGGAUCCGUGCUUGGGCAUCUUCUUUUCUCAAUCUAUACCACAUAAUUUGGUCAAUCAUAAAGUCCUUCAUGCCAUCAAGACUUUAUUUAAUUCAUUGAUUCAACACAUUAUUUACAUGGUAUUUGUCAUAUACAUGGUACUGAAUCUUUUAGCUUUUUAAGACCCAAAUAUAUCAGUGAUGUUUUGUAAAUGAUCAAUGGUUAUAACAUGUUUAAAUACUUAAAACAGUCAAAAGUUUCAUGAUUUCUAGAUUGAGUUUUACUUUCCUGUAGAGGUAGGCUAUCAGAAAUGAUCAAAUAUCAAUGAAUUACACAAAAUACAAAGUAAAACAUGUUCUAUGAAAAUGGACACUGAAAAUAAGAUGUUGCAUGUGAUGUCUGUCAGGGCCAGCAGAGGGAAUAGUAGAUCUUUUGUUGAUGUUGCUUCAUAACAUUUGUUUAA